AUGGAAGCAAUUGGUUCAAAAUAUUUAAAUAAAAAUAAUAUUUUAACAACACGUUAUUUCAACAACAACACAUUUUAUCUUGAUACAAUUAAAACAACAGAUGGAAUAACAACAAUUAAUGUUAAGAAUAUAACAACAAAUGAAGAAAUAGAUGAAAUGAAAGAGAAAAUGAAAGAAACAAAUACAUAUAUUAAUGAUAUUCGAGAUGAUAAAACAAAAAUUUACUUUAAUUCAAAUAGAAUUGAUGCAGGAAAUUCAUCCACCAUUGAUAAAUUAUCUGAUCGUGAUAAAUAUUAUAGUAAUGGAUAUAUGAUAUUCACUACUAGAGAGUAUGUUAGUACUGUUGGAGUAUAUAUAUUAAAUUAUACUGAUGGAACACUUACAUAUAAAAAUGCAGUAGAUAUAGUUCAAUCAUCACCAAAUCAAAGUUUUAUUUAUUAUAUUGAUUCAAAAACACCAUUUGAUGUUUGGAAUGAUGAAGAAAUAAAGAAAGAAAUGAAUUAA